AUGAAGGAAGACACUGGCGAUAUCGACUCCAGGAAUGUUGUCAAGAACCGCGAACUUAUGUAUCGGAUGAUUAUAAGUCAGUUAUACUAUGACGGAUUUCAACCAAUAGCUGCCACACUAUCAGCUGCUGUUCAUGCCGACCCACCAUGUCCUCCAAGUGAUAGACUUCUUAACCUUAUCAUGGUCGGUCUCCAGCAUGAACCAGACAGGAAAGAUCGAUUAGCAGCAUCCAGCGGGGCUGAACAUUUAUUAGGAACAACAGGUUUUGAUUUGGAAUUCGAAAUGGACGCGUCUUCGCUCGCACCGGAACCCGCUACCUACGAGACUGCGUACGUGACGUCACACAAAAUGGCGUGCCGCGCCGGCGCGUUCAGCUCGUGUGGUCAACUGGUGGCUACGGGCAGUGUGGAUGCUAGUAUAAAGAUACUGGAUGUAGAGCGUAUGCUUGCUAAAUCGGCUCCGGAGGAAGUGGAUCCCGGGAGGGAACAGCAAGGGCAUCCUGUUAUUAGGACACUGUACGACCACACAGAUGAGAUUACCGCUUUGGAUUUUCACCCGCGUGAACAAAUUUUGGUCUCCGCGUCCAGGGACUGCUGUAUAAAGCUUUUUGACAUCACAAAAGCCUCCGCCAAGAAAGCGUAUAAGUCGAUAACGGACGCUGAACAAGUGCUCUGCGUCGCGUUUCACCCCCUCGGAGAUCACAUAAUAGCAUCCACCACCCACCCGGUCAUCCGCCUCUAUGACGUCACAACUAGCCAGUGCUUCGUCUGCCCUAUACCCUCGCAUCACCACAAGAAACAAGUGAACUGUAUCAAAUUCUCACCGAACGGUAAAUAUUUCGCGAGCGGUAGCGCGGACGGUACCGUCAAGCUUUGGGACACUGUGUCCUACAGGUGUUUCAACACGUUCACAGCAGCCCAUGAGGGUUCAGAAGUAUGCUCGGUGGCUUUCACGAGGAAUAGCAAGUAUCUGCUAACAUCGGGUAUGGACUCUUCGAUAAAACUGUGGGAAUUGGCGAGCAGUCGAUGUCUAAUACAGUAUACUGGAGCUGGGACUACAGGUAAGCAAGAACAUCACGCUCAGGCCAUAUUCAAUCACACCGAGGAUUACGUGUUGUUCCCCGACGAAGCCACCACGUCGCUGUGCACUUGGCAUUCGCGGAGCGCGAGCCGGUGCCAGCUUAUGUCGCUCGGCCAUAACGGCGCUGUCAGGCACAUCGUACAUUCGGGAACGGCUCCAGCAUUUUUGACGUGCAGCGAUGAUUACAGAGCACGGUUUUGGUAUAGACGCAAUACGCACUAA